CUAUAGGCUACUACGGCAGCACUGUCACACUUGGUAUUGGCGAACGCUUGCAGAGGGUUGUGGUGAAAAUCAAUGCAGCGUUCGCUGUGACGAGGCGGUCAGGAUUAUCCCUACGUCUGUAGAUGCGCGUGUGAAGGCUGUAGGGGCUGCAGAGUAGGGGGAUGGCGGAGUACCAGGGGGAACCAGGGAGUCUCGCGAGGGGCAGCCCAGUCAAACAAAUGUCAAACUUAAACAUAAGUCCUCGCCCCAAGAAAAGGGCAACCUCUCUGAAGAAACCUAAAAGACGAUUUUUAGAAAAUGUUGAAUUAGAAGAAAUGAGACCCAGGACGAGCAGCUUGCCAUCACGAAAUGACUUAAAGAAGCCAGUGCAGUAUCUGUCUCCAUACAGCGAAAGUGCGGAGUAUGACAGUGUGUAUACUCUGAGGUCUUUUGUGACAACUUCUAAAGGGCGUGUUGUAAACAGAGGGGACUCGCUCCGGUCAAGGAGUACUAACAGUGUGCUGAGUUCUGGCAGCGGGAGUAUGACAGAGUUGACCCCCCUCUCCCGGACGUCCAGUUCGCUGUCUCAGAGCAGCGUGGCCAACAGCACCGGGUCAGCGUUCGGGAUUAACCCUUUCAAAGUUUUAGUUGUUGGAACUAUGGGCGUGGGAAAAACGUCCAUCGCUCGCCAGUUCACGACGUCUGACUACCUGGGAGAUCUAGACAUUAGCAUAGAUGGAGAGAGAGAAAGAGUAGUGUCAGUGUUACUGGACGGAGAAGAAUCCACAAUAGACUUUCUAGACCCUGACUCGGAUGAAACAGACUGGCGCCUGCACUCCGAGGGCGGCGUGGACGCUUUCGUGGUGGUGUUCAGCAUCGACGAGCGCGCCACCUUCGAGAAGGCCACGGACCUGUUGUUCGAGAUCCGACACGUGGACAAGAUGAACACGGCCAUCAUUCUCGUGGCCAACAAGUGUGACCUGGUCAGAACCCGGGACAUCACAACAGAAGAGGCCAAGAGUGUUGCCAAAACCUACGACUGCAAAUACACGGAGACGUCGGUGGUCCUGAACCACAACGUGGACGAACUCCUGGUCGGCAUUGUCAGCCAGAUCCGACUCAAGCGGAAGGUGAACGCCAAGAAGAGGGACGGCAAAGAAGAAGGGUGUUACUCUAAAAGCAAGCAUCUGCUGACGAAAAUAUUCAAAAAAGAGCAUGUCACAAAAUCAUGUGAGAAUUUGUAUGUGUUAUAGGAUGUGGGAAUGUGUAUAUAUGUGUUACAGAAUGCGAGAAUAUCAUGCUUUUGUAGAUCGUGAGAACAUGUAUGUGUAACAGAAUGUGAGAAUACUUUGUGUUAUAGAAUGUGAGAAUAUAUAUGUGUUAUGGAAUGUGAGAAUGUAUGUUUCAGAAUGUGAGAAUUUGUAUGUGUUAUAGAAUGUGAGAAUAUGUAUUUGUUACAUAAUGUUAGAGUAUUAUGUUUUAUAGAUCGUGAGAAUAUGUAUGUGUUAUUGAAUGUGAAAUAAGUAUCUGUUAGAGAAUGUGAGAAUAUGGAUGUGUUAAAGAAUGCGAGAAUAUGUAUGUGUUAUGGAAUGUGAGAAUAUGUAUGUGUUAUUAAAUGUGAGAAUCAGUAUCUGUUAGAGAAUGUGAGAAUAUGUAUGUGUUAAAAAAUGUGAGAAUAUGUAUGUGUUACGGAAUGUGAGAAUAUGUAUGUUUCAGAAUGUAAGAAUCAGUAUGCCUUAUAGAAUGUGAAUGUAUGUGUGACAAAGUGAGAAUAUGUAUGUGUUGGGAUAAAUGUCCUGGACCAAUUCGCCACCAUACCUUCCGUCUGAGUCCGUGUCGAAUAACUCCAGAAUCAGGGCAUGCAUUAGUCCUGCACCAUGACCGUGGAAUAUAUUUAUUUAAUGUAAGAAAUAAUGCUAGAAAUGCAUACAAAAGCAAGUCUAGCAAGCUCAAGCUAGCUCUAUUCUCUGAUAUCUUAUAUUACACUAUAUCCUUCUUCACUCUAAAAGUAAAAUAAAAAUUCCCUAUGCUGAUUUCAGAGA